AUGUCAAUUGGUUUUAUUUAAUUAGGACAAUGUGGUAAUUAAAUAGGACAUGCUUUGUUUGAUUUUAUGCUUUAAGAGUAAAGACUUAUUGGAUUUUAGAACAUAAAUGUCAAGUCCAGGAGCUUAAGCUUUGUUAAAUGAGAUAUUUUUUUUUGAGCGCAAAAACAAAUAGAUUGCAAAAUCAUUGUUGAUUGAUAUGGAACCAAAAGUGGUUGAUCGUUGUCUAAAAGCAGAUUAUUAUGAUAAAAGUAUAAGAGAAUAUUGAUUUAGCAUUUAGUUUAACAAAAUAGGAAGGAUCUGGAAAUAAUUGGGCAUAUGGAUUUAAUAAUCAUGGGCCAGCAAAUAAGAAUGCAAUUUUACAAAUAAUGGAUACUUUAUUAGAGGAAUGUGGAUAUAUAGAAUGUUUAUUUUUAAUUUCUUCGCUUGCAGGUGGAACUGGAUCUGGUUUAGGAUCAUAUAUAUUAGAAGUUUUGGCUGACAGAUAUCCAGAAAUUGAAUUUUUUAAUAUUUGUGUUAUGCCUCAUUUAACUGGAGAAGUAAUAUUGCAAUCAUUAAAUACAAUUUUAACCAUAGGUUCUAUAUAUUAACAUAGUGAAGGAAUAAUUUUAUUAUAAAAUGAUGAAGCUUAAGCUUUAUGCAAUAAUUUAUUAAAUUUGAAAAGUCCAAACUUAUAUGAUAUCAAUUAAGUAAUGUCUACUAAUUUGGCAAGUUUUUUUUGGCCUUGUUUAACUAAUUAAGUUUAUAGUACAUUCCAAAACAAUCUUUAAUAUGUCUAAGAACUAUUAAAUAUUACUAAUAAUCAAUACAAACUACUUUAAUUAAAUUAGAUUCCUUAAUUACCAUAAUAAUCUAAGGCUUUUCAAAAUGACACUUGGUCUGCUUUAGAAAAAAGAAUAUAACAAAUGGUAAUGACAGGUACAAAGGAAUAUAAUAUAAAUUGGCAUAAAAAGGGAUAGCAACCAUUUAAAUAAUUGAUGUUGGCUAGAGGAAUUGAUGUUAAAAAACAUUAGUUUAAUUGGAAUACUGUACAGGAUGAACAUCAAUUUAAUAAGAAUGAAAAGUCGAUUACUGUUCUACAUAAUUCAAGCAAUAUUAUUGAAUCAUUAAAUUAAAUAUCAGAUAGAGCUAAUUAAAUGAUAUAGGAGAGAGCUUAUAUUUAUCAAUAUGAAAAAUUUGGAGUAAAAAUUUAAGAUUUUUAAGAGAGUAUGGGAAUUGUUGAAGGAGUAAUAAAUGAUUAUGAAUAAUUAAUUUAAUGA